UUAGAACGUCACAAAUCACGUGGUAUUGUCAUCUGUUCGAUACAAGCAUCGGCACUUUGUGUGAUACAAUAGUGCUUUGAAAACUGCGUCGGAGCCUCGAUAUCAAUAGUCCCAUCACUAUCUACAGUCACUACAAUUCCCAAAAUGUUUGCUGUCAGAAGAGCAUUGCGUCUGUGUCAAAGAGUGGCAAAUGUCAGUGUUUCGCGUCGUGGAUGUGCUGGAGCUGUUACAGUGGACGACAUCGUGAACGGUCUGACCGAGGAGCAGAUCCAGCUCAGACAGACAAUCCAGAGAUUCUGUCAGGAGAAACUCGCUCCUUACACUGAUGAGAUUGAUAAGAAAAACGAGUUUCCCUGCAUGAGGGAGUUUUGGAAGGAGAUGGGUGAGCUUGGACUGCUUGGAGUUACUGCUCCAGUGGAGUACGGUGGAACAGGAUUGGGCUAUCUUGAUCAUGUGAUUGUUAUGGAGGAGAUCUCCCGUGUGUCAGCAGCUAUUGCUCUCAGCUAUGGCGCGCACUCCAACUUGUGUGUAAAUCAGAUGGUUCGACAUGCUAAUCAGAAACAGAAAGAGAAGUACAUGCCGAAGUUAAUGACAGGGGAGCAUGUGGGUGCCUUGGCCAUGAGUGAGCCCAACGCUGGCUCGGAUGUGGUUUCCAUGAAACUGACAGCAAAAAAACAAGGGGAUCAUUACGUGUUGAACGGUAAUAAGUUCUGGAUUACGAACGGACCAGACGCAGAUGUUCUGAUUGUGUAUGCUAAAACAGACCCAGAGGCAGCAGCCCGUGGCAUCACUGCUUUUAUCGUAGAGAAGGGCAUGCCAGGAUUUAGCACGGCGCAGAAGCUGGAUAAACUGGGAAUGAGAGGAUCUAACACCUGUGAACUCAUCUUUGAAGACUGCAAAAUCCCUGAGGAAAACAUAUUGGGCCCGUUAAAUAAAGGAGUAUAUGUUAUGAUGAGUGGGCUGGACCUAGAGAGACUCGUCCUGGCUUCUGGACCUGUUGGCAUCAUGCAAGCUGUGCUUGACCAUGCAAUUCCUUACCUACAUGUUCGUGAAGCCUUUGGACAGAAAAUCGGACACUUCCAGGACUGUGCUGGGGUAAUCCUUUAUUGUGCUGAGAACGCGACUCAAGUUGCCUUGGAUGGAAUUCAAUGCCUGGGUGGAAACGGUUACAUUAAUGACUACCCAAUGGGCCGCUUCUUAAGAGAUGCUAAACUUUAUGAGAUAGGAGCUGGAACCAGUGAGGUCAGAAGGAUGAUCAUUGGCAGAGCCUUCAAUGACAUGUUCAAAUAAGAACAGCACUUAUCGAACGAGAAUACGACUGUGUCGCUGUGGCCAGAUAUUUCAUUUCACCUGGCAUCCUAAUUUUAACAGCUUUAUUAAUGUGAAGUGUUAUUGCUAAUCAGUUUCAAGAACAAAACUAUAUGUCAUGGUGUUUUCUUUGGAUGUCAAAAGCUGUUUAAAUGAUGUUCUGUAAUAAUACAUACAUGGUGAAGUGGUCUCGCAUACAAGAAUUAAUGCAAUAGUAAUAGAUGCACAAACCUUAAGUCAUUUUAAAAGGACAGAUUAUGAAUUUUUCUUAUGUAGUUGAACAGUUAAGUUCAAAUUUGCUGAAGAAAAAAUGCUUAUGAUGAUGGAAACAGCCAGAACAAUUAAUUUGUCCCAGCCAGGUGCCUUUGUCAUGUGACAUGGGUGUUUCUGUAGCAUACUUGUACAGCACUUGCAGUUGUCUUGUCGUUGUUUUUUUUCUCAGAAAAUGGUCACUCCGUGUAAGCUAUUCUGCAUAUCACCUCUGCCUCCCUAACAUCAUUAUUUGGGGCUCUUUUUCAAGGGUUUCUUUAUAGAGGAUAUUUAUUGAAUUGUGUGUAAUUCAGACAUUCUUUUCCUCUUUCAUUUCUUUGUAUUUUAAGAUUGUGUAAUCUUAAGAUUAAAAAUAAAGUAGCAGUUUUUUGAAGUAAGCUGUUGUAUUGACCCAUCAUACCUUUUGUAUUUUUUUUUUAGAAACCUGCCUUACUGAAUGAUCACUUCAUUGAAGAAAAUGAUUGUUUAGAAUAUAUAGUUCAGUCAUGAAACUCUAGAUGGCGCAUUCUGAUGGGGUGUUAACGUAACUGA